UCCUCCAGCGGACAAUGCCUGUCUCACUACUGAUCAACCUGAAAAGAAUCACUUUCCACCAAUCUGCAACACUUCUCCAACAACAAACCUUGAACAGAAGCUGAAUAAAACCGCCAUGAAUAAUUAUCCAAGUCCCAGAGAAUCAUCAGUUACUAAUACUAAGCCAAGUUCAAUAAAACAAAAUGAGUACCAUUUCAAGAGCCUUGCCAACUUGGAUUCUCUUAAGGUUCCUGUUCUUAGACGCUCACAAACAGACCCACAAGCAGACACAGAUUUGUCAGUACUCCUAGUUUUGUAAUAGCGGAGGAGAAGCUGCUGGUUCGAAGGCUGCCCUGAACAAUCUUCAUAUUCCAGAACUCCUCUUGCCACAAUGUUUUGAAGAUGAAAGCCAGAAUGAGUCUCUUAAUGUGAUGAAAACUCAAAAGAAGCCCAAAACUGUGCCUCCGUGUGAGCAAGAUGUCUCAGACUGUUCUGCAAUAGACUCCUUGUCUGGUAUUAGUGCAUCUUCUAAUGAUGCUGCAAGAGUGAUUGGUGAAAAGAGGUUUUGGAAGAUGAGAACUUACAUGAUCAAGUAUCUAUUCCUCUCACUUACUAUUCAGCAGAAGAUCUUUGAGGCUCAAGUGUUUGAGUUGCGUAGACUGAUAAUGGUUCAAAAGAUGGUUGCAAGAUCACCAAACUUGGUCCUCAAAAGUAAGUUUAAUGGUGAUACAAUGAGGUUAUCCCAUUCCCAUCUGCCGGAAAUGGCUGCUUCAAAGGUUAUAAAACCAAUCACCAAGAAGCACAAACAUGUAACUGAAGAAUAUCCAAAGCAUAUGAAACCAAAGGUUCCUCUACCUUCCAUAAACAAAGACCUCAUGACCCCAAUGUGGCCACAACAGCCACUUCCUCCUCCUGGAAACCAAUGGUUAGUUCCUGUAAUGUCUCCUUCAGAAGGUCUGGUCUAUAAACCAUACACAGGACCAUCUCCUCCUCCUCCUUCAGCUUUCAUGGUUCCAUUUUAUGGACAAAAUUCGCUCAACCCAACAUUAGGUUUCCCUGUUUCUACUCAACUUAACCACAGCUACUUCCCACCCACUAACGCGAGGACAACACUUGACCAGACAAACCCGUUUCGUCAGCUUCAAAGAUGGUCCAACACAUCAAGCCACGUGACUCAAGCGAGUCCAUUUUCCUUAAAAAAGUCUCAGGAAUCUAAUGACAGUGAUGUACAUGGAAGUACAGCUUCAAGUCCACCAGAGAAGCAUAAACUAGAUGUGCUUCCUCUUUUCCCUACAAAGCCUACUCAUCACACUGAUGAGUACGAGGAGAAACAGAAACCGUUGCGUCGUGCCAUUAAAGCCAUUCCUCAUAAUUCAACAUCUGCCUCUGAAUCUGCUGCAAGAAUCUUCCGUUCCAUUCAGGAAGGACUCAGAUCAUAUGAUUAGUUAGUUUUGUUUUACAUUCCACAUUCUUUUGCUCAAUAUCAUCUAGUUUAGAUUACUCUUCAUAUGAAGAUGUAAAUUAGUACUGUCACUAUAUACAUAAGACAUACACACACAUGUUAUAUGGAUAUUGUAUUUGACAUACAGCAAAUAAAAGAGAGAUUGUUUUUGUUCCGUUAAAUAUCAUUCCAGUUUUGAAGGUU